CCGGGAUAAACGGCUCCAGUUCACGUGAAAAGCAUGUACUGCACCAGACGCUGCCUCCGGACCGCGCUGCGGGUUGCGGCGACCACGCACCGGCAACAGCUUCAGCGGCAGACACCCACCCUGUGUGCUCUCCGACUUCUGAAGACCAGUCCGGCCACCCACUCAGAUGCCAUUGCCACGCCUCCAUUAGAUGGAGCGCCCAAACAGUAUUCGCCCAAAAUCCAGCAGCUCGUCAACGACAUUGCCAGCCUCACUUUGUUAGAGGUAUCGGACCUCAAUGAGCUCCUCAAGAAAACUCUGAACAUUCAGGAUGUUGGAAUGAUGCCGAUGGGGGCGAUGGCUGGAUCAGCUGGAUCAGCUGUACCUGCGGCUCAGGUGAGCAGGAGGAAGGAGGUACCAGUCAAGAAGGAGAAGACUCACUUCACAGUAAAGUUGACGGAAUUAAAAGCAGCUGAAAAAGUCAAACUUAUAAAGGAAGUGAAGAACUGCAUCCAAGGCUUGAACCUAAACCAGGCUAAGAAACUAGUGGAGUCUCUUCCCCAGGAAAUCCGGGCCAAUGUAUCCAAAGAAGAGGCAGAGAAACUGAAAGCAGCCCUGGAGGCAGCAGGCGGCACCGUGGUAUUAGAGUAGAUCUGUGUGCCCACCUGCCCACCUGCUCACCACCAUUUUGCUGCUCAUGCACUUCGUCCUUCAUUCUGUUAUUUUGUUGUUUUUUUUACAUGACAAAGAAGAGAGGGACAAACAAAUGCCUUCUGACAUGAAUACUGUCUCUUAACAGCGUCAGGUGGGGCGGUACAACUCAGACUGAACUUUCCAGGCACACAGCCUGCACAAAUGGCCGCCCUGCUGUUUGCUUGUCCAUGUGUCUGUCUGAUACUUGCGUAGCAAACAAGCUACAGAAAUACUGGCCUGUGUGCCAAGUAAGUCAGUUGAUCAUUCUGUAUGUGUGCGUGUGUUUAAACCUUUCACAGAAGAAAAGAUUAUGCUGUAGGGACAUGGUUACUAUUCCCUAUGUUGACGAUCACCAGAAACUGUAUCUAGUUCAGGGGGAUGGCAGGGCUGAGUCCUUAUAUUGCUCAUAGAACUGUUAAUAAUGUGAUUAAAGUUGAAAUAUCCAUGUG